CAACUCGAAAGUCAGUAGUACGAUGAGGAUGGGUAAUGACAAAACAAAAGAAAGAAGAUAAAAGUCCUAAUCUAAACUCGUGGUGGUGGUUUUUUCUUUCCGUGACAUCCUUUGGAAAAUGUCUGAUUUUGAUUUUCUAAAUUUUGCAUAUUUUGGGUACGAAAACAAGUAAACAACCUAAAGGAGACGAAAAGCAGCGAACCGUACGAAGAUAUAGACUGUAUAUGUUUCCUUUUAUGUUCUUAUUAUCCUCUUUGUUUCGUCCAAUAGAUGGAUUCUGCUUUAUCUCCUCGCAUCUUUUUCGCACACAGCUUCAUUAAUUCAAGAUCGCCGAGGUUUGCUGCUGCUACUUGCUGGAGAUUGGUUAAAAAUGGGUCAUGUUGGAAGAUCAAGGCUACUGAAAAUAGUGAUCGCAACGUGUUCGAUGAAAGUCCUCUCAGAGGAACCGAUGGGUCUUUGUUUGAUCCUGCUUCGUUCGAAACAGCUGACUCCGAAAUCACGCCUGAGACUGUUGAUUUCUUUGUGAGUGACGCAGAGGGUGAUCCAGAUUGUCCUACUCAAGGCUAUUCCUCUAUCGAAUUUGCUCUUCAAGCUCUUCGCCAAGGAAAGUUUGUGAUCGUUGUUGACGAUGAAAACGGGGAUGUUGAAGGGAAUCUGAUCAUGGCGGCAACUCUAACGACUCCAAAAGACGUGGCCUUUCUGAUUAAGAAUGGUUCCGGGAUCGUCUCAGUUGGGAUGAAGAAAGGAGACCUCGAAAGAUUAAACCUUACACUGAUGUCACCUGAAAUGGAAGAUGAAGAUUCCUCUGCACCAACUUUCACCAUCACCGUGGAUGCAAAAUCAGGAACGUCAACAGGAGUAUCAGCUUCAGACAGGGCGAUGACGGUCCUUACGCUUUCGUCUCUCGAAGCUAAACCAGAUGAUUUCAGGAGGCCUGGUCAUGUGUUCCCUCUCAAGUACAGAGACGGUGGAGUUUUGAGGAGAGCCGGUCACACUGAAGCGUCAGUUGAUCUAAUGAUGUUGGCUGGUCUGCGUCCUGUCUCUGUUCUUUCAGCUAUUCUUGAUCAAGAAGAUGGGUCUAUGGCCUCGCUUUCCUAUAUGAAAAAGCUUGCUUCGGAACACGAUAUUGCCAUCGUAUCAUUGACUGAUCUAAUCAGAUAUCGAAGAAAGCGAGAGAAGCUUGUGGAGAGAAUCACGGUGUCUCGCUUGCCUACCAGAUGGGGUCUUUUCGAAGCUUAUUGCUAUCGAUCUAAACUCGAUGGAACCGAAAAUAUUGCCCUCGUUAAGGGAAGCAUCGGAGACGGUCAGGAUAUUCUGAUGCUCCGGGACAUAGGAGUGAGAACAAUGAAGCUGAUGACGAAUAAUCCUGCGAAGUUCACCGGUCUGAAAGGCUACGGACUCGCCGUAGUUGGGCGUGUGCCGGUGGUGACACCAAUCACCAAGGAGAACAGAAGAUACAUGGAGACCAAGCGCAAGAAGAUGGGUCACGUUUAUAUCUCUGAUAUCGAUCAGCCUUUGGCUUGACCAUAAUAAGCUUUUCAUAAACUUGUCAAUUAUAUACGCAGUUACACAUACUCUGCCUUGAUGUAAAUCUCUGCUAGAAUCCUUUCAGUUUGGGCUUUACAUUCAUCCCGGCCCAGUCAUAUAUUUUGGAUUCAGUUUAUAAAUACAAUUUUGACAAAUUUACCAAUCGUCUUUGACAAAUUUUGCUCAGUUUUCCUCUUUGUCUGUAAGAACAGUGAACAUUUCAAUCAUAUUCAAUUUAG